AUGUUUUCCACCACUGCGCUCUUUGGCGCACUCUCUGCCCUGGCGGCGACGACAGCGAUCGCUGCGCCCGUCGUCGCCCCGCCCUCAGGCCGCCACGCCUCGUCGCUCGUCGCGCGCGGCUCUGAGCCGUGGUACCCGACCCCGCCGGCGGGUGUCAACUCCACGAUCGUCGACCCCCCCACCGACGCCGACGUGGCCGGUACCUCGGACAAGGCCAAGUGGAUCGUCGAGUACCACAGCCUCCUGCGCGCCCAGUUCGACGCCGGCCCCUUGGUCUGGAACGAGACCCUCGCCAAGAAGGAGCUGGCCCACACGGCCACGUGUAUCUGGGAACACGAUGGCUUGGGCAACCUUUGGGGAGGCUCGCCAGGUGGCUUGUGGACCGUCGAGGACGCUGUCGUCUCUUGGCUCAACGAGUACAAGACCAUGGCACCCGACGAAUACAACCACUUCACUGCCAUGAUCUGGAAGAACGCAACUUCGGUCGGAUGCUCGUGGCACCAUUGCCCCAAUGGCCCCGCCCCCGCGUACUACUUUGCCUGCCUGUACGACAGUGGUGGCCCCAACGCCAUCUUCCCCAACUUCUCUGGCCACAAGGCGGACCAAGUCGGCAAGUUCAACGGAAAGAGCAAGGAAGAGAUCCUUGCGCUCGUCGACACCUCCAAGUACUUUGCCAGCCCCCCCGGCGAGCCGUCAGCCUCCGCGUCCGCCAGCGGCGCCGCGCCGACCAACAACGCCCUCGCCGCUGUCUCACUCUCGCCAACGGCUGCCUCCGAGUCGGCCAGUGCCUCGUCCGAGUCGGCCAGUGCCUCGUCCGAGUCGGCCAGUGCCUCGUCCGAGUCGGCCAGUGCCUCGUCCGAGUCGGCCAGUGCCUCGUCCGCGUCGACCAGCGCCGCUCCCAGCGCAGCGCCCACCGCCCAGGCCAACGUCAAGCCUACCCCCGCCGACCCUUCGGACCCGGACUACUCCACCCUCCCCGAGUGCCCCGACGACGUCGACGAGCCUCUGAACGGCGGCAACGCCACUGCCCCUUUGCCCUCGUCCGCGCCCGUCGACCAGGGCUCCGUCAAGCCCACCCCCGCGGACCCCUCCGACCCCGACUACUCCAGCCUGCCUGAGUGCCCCGACGAUGUUGAGCAGCCUCAGAACGGCGGCAGCAGCAGCGGUAGCGGUAAGGGCAAUGGCACCCCUAGCACCGGUGGCAGCACCAACACUGGCGGCAGCACUGGCGGCAGCACUGGCGGCAGCUCUGGUGGCAGCAAGGACGGUGCCAACGGCGACAACGGUGCCCCCGGCCAGCCUGGCAAGAACGGCGCCAACGGUGCCAACGGUGACUCUGGCUCGUCGACUGGCGGCUCUUCGUCUGGCGGUUCGUCAUCGGGUGGCUCGUCGUCGGGCGGCCAGACUCCCCCCGCCACGCCCUCGACCGGCUCGUCGAACGGCGCCGCGCCCGCUCCUGCCCCCGCCCCCUCGGCCGACGGCGCCUCCAAGCCUACCCCCGCGGACCCCUCGGACCCCGACUACUCGUCGCUCCCCGAGUGCCCCGACGAUGUUGAGGAGCCCUCUAACGGCGGCGGCUCGAACCCCGCUCCGUCUCCCUCGUCCGGCUCUGGCUCUGGUGGCGCCGCUCCUGUCCCCUCGGGCGACGCCAACGUGAAGCCCACGCCUCCCGACCCGUCCGACCCCGACUACUCGAGCCUUCCCGAGUGCCCCGACGAGGACCCCGUCCAGCCCUCGGCCAACCCGACCGAGUCGCCUUCCAGCCCCUCUGGCUCCGUCUCGGUGUCGCAGGUCGCGUCGACGACGUCGUCUGAGGAGCCCCUCCCCACCGGAAACGGCUACUCGGACCCCAACGUCAACGUCAGCGUUCCCAAGAAGCCUGCCAACGGCACCCUCGCUGCCGACGGCACCAACCCCGGCAACGCGACUGCCCCCGGCAACGCCACCUCGCUCUUCACUCACCCGCCCAGCGAGCAGGACACUGGCAGCAACAAGGCCGCCGACUACGGCCCGGCCAAGCCCCCCACCCAGGCUCCUGCUCCUGCCACCAACGACACGCCCGCCGACGACGGUGAGACUUCGGCUUACAACGGCACCGGCACUUUUGCCGACUUCUGGGCCUGGGUCCAGAAGCAGUGGACUCUGUACCGCAAGGCCCACCCCGACAAGGGCAGCAACGCUCUCCCCACCCCCGACAACAAGCAGUAG